AUACAUGUAAACAGUCAGUGCGGUUAGCUCGUCUGACUAACCUACCAAAAGGACAUUUAAACACUCAUGCUGGUAAAAGUUAUUUUAUUAAAAGCUGAGUGAACCCACAAGUGACUGCGAAUUGAUGCUAACGUUGAAGCUGGAAACCACAAGGCGCGUGCACGUGCGGCUCGUGGCCGCGGCCAGGUUCGCUUUGCAUCUCGUCAAAACAAAGCGGGGGCGAGCCAGAGAGGGAGCGAGAGAGCGAGCGAGCGGCGGUGCAUGCUUCAUGAAUGAGUCCUCCGCCACCGCACCGCAGGUCGGACCCCUUUCAUCCGCCUGCGCCCUGAUACCCGUGUGGGUGCCCAGACCGGAGGGACCGUCAGAGGAGCCAGCCGCUGAUGAGCCCGGACAGUAAGCUCAUCAGCACCACAUUAUCGUUUCAUCGCAUCGGGAACAGCACGACAGGAUGCUCGAUGGACUCCGGCGGAGGCACGCCUCCCGACCCUCCUCCCGACCCCUGUCACUCAACUUCAGCACCUUCUCGGCUCCUCCCCCGAGCCCGGACAUGGACAGCAGCAGCGAGCAUCCAAUCAGGAGGACUCUGCACCGGCUGAAGUUGAUGAGCUCCCCCAGCCUCAGUGAGCUGGGAAAGAGCGAAAAAAGUUCACCCGAGGACAGAGGGGAGAAGCAGAAGAGGGCAGGAGCCAACGCCACAUGGAACAGCAUCCACAACGCCGUCAUAGCAGUCUUCCAGAAGAAGGGUUUGGCAGAUAACGAGCUCUACGUCCUCAAUGAGGGUGUCCGACAUCUUUUGAAGACGGAGCUGGGGUCCUUCUUCACUGAAUACCUUCAGAACCAGUUGCUCACAAAAGGCAUGGUCAUCCUCCGGGACAAAAUAAGGUUCUACGAAGGUCAGAAGUUACUUGACUCUCUGGCAGAGACCUGGGAUUUCUUCUUCUGUGAUGUUCUCUCGAUGCUGCAGGCCAUCUUCCAUCCGGUUCAGGGUAAAGAGCCCUCUGUCAGACAGCUAGCUCUGCUUCACUUCAGGAACACCAUAGUCCUGAGUGUAAAGUUAGAGGACGCCUUGUCUCGACCCCGAGCCCGUGUGCCCCCCUCUGUCACACAGAUGCUGCUUAUUCUACAGGGGGUCCAUGAGUCGCGUGGUGUGAAUGAGGAUUACCUGAAGCUCGAGUCUCUGGUUCAAAAGGUUGUCUCUCCGUACCUGGGCACGCACGGGCUUUACUCUGGAGAUGGUGCCGAGGCCCAUUGCUCUGUUCUGGAGAAGUGUUUGCCGUGGCCCAAGUCUGCAGAUCAACCGUCCAAAAACCCUGUGGUACGUUCGAAAAGCUACAAUAUCCCUCUGCUGCUGACUCCGGUGGCUGAGUAUGACCCAGAUGCCAGCUCUGUUGGCAGUGGAGGAAUUCGGCGCCACUCGGCCUGUGAGAUUAUAUCAUGCCUCGAGGAACAAGGACUGGCCUAUGCUGGCCUGGCCUCAGGACCUGAACUGUCUGGCCCCUCCUCCAACAGGCUGUGUGUGGGCUCUCAGUUCAAUGGUAUUGUACAGGCAGGAGCGAGUGCCAUGGACUUGCCCCUUUCUCCCUCCAUCCUUCCCCUUCAUUCCUCAGGAGCUCUCCACGGCACUGAGGCCACAACAACAAUGACUGAUCUCAGUAAAGGUGCAUCCUCCACGCCGCCCAGUGAAUCAUCCAGCCCUGAAACCAUCAUCGGACAAGUGCUAGAGUCUGCAGACUCGGACUCAGAUGGGAUAUUUAUUGAUUUCCCACCUCACUCCUCAGAGGCCAUGGGGUACAGUCGCGAGAGCAGGCAGAGCACUGUGUAGCUAUGGUUGACUCUAGGACCAUAGCGCCCGCCCCAGUGUGUACGGUAAUAAUCUGUGAGAAAGAUUAAAGAAACCUACAUUUCAUUAAAAGGGUACCAUCUUCCUUUCUCACCGUAGUACGAGAGUUUCCAUGACGAGUCCAAGUGCUUUCACUGGUGAGUGACAAUCUCACACCUUUAUCCAACAAAAUACAAAGGAAAUCCUAGAGGGACUGUUACUAAAAGACUCAGAUGUUUUGCAAGGUUUUCAGCUUGUGGACAAUGUAGUAGUGACUUUUAUCCAAGCUGUCUGUCCUCAAACAAGUCAGAUAAUGUCAACUGAUAUUCUAUAUUUUGUAUUGACAAUAAAUCCCAUGAAAACCACACACCAAAAUCAGCAAUGAAUUGAUCCUAGUAACAAGUGUUACAGUUUACUAGCUAAACUGGUACAUCUUACUCAACUGUGCUGCAGACCUCAUCUUUUGUCAAAAAAAGAGGGGGGGGGACACAUCAGUGAGCCACAAAGUUGCACUGACAUGUUUCUUGGUUUGAAUGAACCUUUGGAUGAUGGUUUGCACUCUAGUUUAGUUUGAGUCAAUCCCACAUACACCAACCUGCUGCCGUAAAUACCUGUCAAGCUACGAAUGUGUAUUCAUCUGCAGUUGAAAGUAGUAUCAAACAAAUGCACUAUUUACCCGUUUAAGUAACUAAUGCUAAAAACUGCAGUUCCCAGCUCUUUAAGGGGAUCAUUCAGUAGGUUUAAUUAAGAGACUAACACAUCGUUCGUUUUGGAACUUCAUGAGACUACAAAGUUAAAAUCACAAAAAUUAACAAAAUUUAAGUUUUGAGGUUUUCACACAGAAACAGAUGGCUUUCAAAACCAACCAUUUACAUGGAAAAAUGAGAGAGACCCAACAUAUUUCUCAUGGGUUUGUUUUGUUUUCUAUUUUAUGUUUACAUGUUGUUGUCUCCCUCCCGGCAGUAACACAGUAAUGAGAUCUUCUGCUCUCACUUUUGUACGACAUCUUAUGAAAAUGUGGACUGUUGAAUUGUUUUUAUUGCCAGCGGUGGUUAUGGACUUGUAAUGCAAAAUUCUCUUUUAGCAAACACCAGUGUGACAGCAUUUGCUUUUCUGUAUGAGCUCUGUACAGCAGGAGUUUGAGGACUAUGACGAUGUUUAUUGUUUACAUUUGUCAAAGACAUGGAUAUUUUGGCUGAAUGUCGUCCCACACACUGUAUUUUGCACCGCCACUACCUUGUAAAUAAAAGUGCAUUUGUUGGUUUUUAGGACAGCUAAAUAGUGUAAAGUGAGCUUUCACCUUUAAAUGAAUUGAGAUUUUAAUAAGGGCUUUUUAACUGAAUCUUUUUCAAAUGAUGUUUUACCUCACGCGUUUUGUACUUUACUUUUUUUGACAAUCUAUGAUGUCUACAGAGUUGUACUUUGUAUUAAUUUGUUAUACUAGCCCAGUAAAAAUUAAAUAAAUUUGAAUAGUAUUUAAAAAAA